ACAUGCAAAACUGGUGAAAUCUGAAUAAGGUUCAUGGAUUAUAUCAAUGUCAGUUUCCUGAUUCUAACAGUGUAUGAUACUUAUGCAAGAUGUCAUCAUUGAGACAAAGCGAGUAAAGAAUAUGUGAGAUCUUUAUAUUACUUCUUACAACUGCAAAAUAAAAAGUUUUUAAAACUAAGUUAUAAUAACAAAGAACUCUGUGUCAAAACUAAAAUAUAAAGUUGAAAUAUCAAUUUUAUUUUUUAGGAAUCUGGUGGACAGUAACAAACUGGUGAAAUUUCGGGAAUCAUAGCCAUUGAAAUGGAUGAGGGAACCUAUAUACCUGCACUCGACAAUGGUCUUUUUACCCUGGGAGCUCCACACAAAGAAGAUGUUUUUUCUCCAACAGUUGAUGAGUCCUCCAGAGCAGUUUACCGCUGUCAAAUUAUCUGAUUCCAGAAUCGCCCUGAAAUUUGGCUAUGGACAAUAUCUUGGUAUAAAUUCAGAUGAACUUGUUGGGCGUUCAGAUGCAAUUGGACCAAGAGAACAGUGGGAACUAGUCUUUCAAAAUGUUUAAAUCGCCUUGGACCACACCGCCAUGUUCCAGGGCUCACCAGGAGCCAUCCAGAUGAGAGACCACCCAGACCUUGUGACUUGACUGAGAAAUUAAAUCCAUGUUGUCAGCACAUUUUUAACUGGAUGUGAUAAAAGGUUAACAUAUUUUGUAAUCAUUGUAUUUAUAAAUAUUUUGUCUAAGUGUUAUGGUAUUCCAAGUUUUCCAAAAAAAUCAACCAAAUACAAGUUAUAAAUAAACAUUAUAUUUGUUAAGGGAAUUAAGCUAACCAAAUUUAUAACCCAGAUUUAGAUACACAAGAAAAUCAGUUUUUAAAGUUUUGUUUAAUAGAAAGCAGUGUAAUACAUCAAACAUUAAGCAACUAAAAAAGUAUAUGAAUAUUUAUUUUCACACACAAAAGUCCCUCAGACAUUGAUUCUUAAAUUUGAAACACCAAAGGAUUGUAUAUAGCUUUUCAUGUUUUCUAAUUGUGAAGAAAAUAAAUUUUACUUAAAAUGCUAAUAUUUGAAUAAAGUAUGCAUUCAUAAUUAUGUUCUUGUCUUUAAAGUUAAUUUUUCAAACUGAACUAAAUCAAUUUUAUCUUCAAUAGAUCUUUUAGAAAGGAAGCAAUCUUACCUUAUCUAAUUAGAAUUUACUCCUACUAGGAAGAUACACUACAAAUGUUUAUUGUGGUAAUCUUUGAAUAGUAAAAUGAAAGGU